AUGUCUCAAAUCAAAAUUCGAUCACCUCCUCAGCUACCACCAGUCUUUACUAAAGAUGCCAGCACAAUAGCCCCGGAGCUUGAAGCAUUGGUAGAAGAGUCUCGGAGCAUCCAGAAGGCUAUUCUAGCAAGCAUCACCCCAGAGACUGCAACUUUCGCAAAUGUGGUUCUACCUCUAGCUCGAUCUCAGAAUCUUACAUCUCGAAUUGUGCCUGUUCUUUGUUUCUACGAAGCAGUGUCGUCAGAUAAGAGCCUUCGAGAUGUAUCCACAACAGCCAGCACAAUGUUCGCCGACUUUGAGAUCGAGACCAAAGCAGACCAGAGAGUUUUCGACUUGAUUGAUGCAGUAGUCAAGAAGAAUGAGGUUCUGGGAGCAGAAGAUCAAAGACUCUUGAACCGAUACCAUAAAGACUUUGUGAGGAAUGGUCUUGGAGUAUCUCUUGAGCAACGCGACCGCUUCAAGGAUAUUCAGAAGGCACUCCAUCAAUUGACCAGCGAGUUUCAGAAGAAUCUGAGGGAAGGGAGCAAGGGUAUCUGGUUUGUGCCUGAAGCCUUGGCUGGUGUGCCAGAGGAUAUGAUCUCUACCCUAACAAGAGGCAAAGAUGAUGAAGAAGGGAAGGUGCUACUCACAUUCAGUUCCCCGCAUAUGUCCACGAUCAUGAGCUAUGCAAUGAACAGCGAAACACGAAGAGACUAUUUCAUCGCAAGCGAGAACAAGUGUCUGCAAAACGUCUCCGUCUUCAAGCAGAUCAUGAUUCUUAGACAGGAAGCUGCUCAGAUACUUGAGUAUACCAAUCAUGCAGCAUUUCGCAUCGAAGACAAGAUGGCAAAGACACCGAAAGCUGUGAUGAGCUUCCUCGAUGACCUACAUUCGAGACUGUCCGAAGGAGCUAAGUCAGACGUUGAGGGGCUCAAAGGGCUGAAGAGGAAAGAUCAGGAGGCUAGAGCAGAUGAUCGUAAGAUGUAUCUCUGGGACUGGGCCUACUAUAAUCGCCUGAUGCUCGAGACACAACACUCGGUCAAUCGACAGGAGAUUGCGGAGUACUUUCCUCUACAGACGACUGUGGCUGGCGUCAUGGACAUUUAUUCUCGACUCUUUGGACUGGUGUUCGAAGAGGUCUGCGUUGAGGACAGAGACGCUUUUUCCCCCACUGAUCAAGGAUCAGAUCUCGUCUGGCAAGAAGACGUCCGACUCUUUGCAGUCUGGGAUGACGAGGAAGAAGGUGGUUCUUUCCUCGGAUACCUCUAUCUCGAUCUUUUCCCUCGCGCAGGCAAGUACGGGGGGAUGUGUAAUAUGAAUUUGCAAUGCGGCUUCGAAAAACAAGAUGGCUCACGCCAUUACCCAGCCACAGCACUGAUCUGCAAUUUCACAAAGCCCACAGCCACCAAACCGUCUCUUCUGACCCACGAUGAGGUUCAACUCUUCUUCCAUGAGCUGGGUCAUGGCAUCCAUGAUCUGGUCGCCAAAACGAAGUUCUCUGUCUUUCAUGGUACAGCGACUGUCGAUGAUUUCUGCGAAGCUCCAUCACAAAUGCUAGAGUUCUGGUGUUGGGUGCCCCAACUGCUGCAAGAGCUCAGCUGUCACUACUCAUACCUCUCUGCUCAACAUCUUUCUACUUGGCAAGAAGAGAAUUCAGGCGUUGAACAACCGACAAAACAUAUCCCUCUCGACACGAUUGAAAAGCUUACCAAAAGUAAGAUUGUGAAUGGUAGUUUGUUCCAGACACGCCUCCUGCAUCGUAGUUACUUUGACAUGAUUGUACAUCAACCUUCUUCUCUACAGGCCAUUGAAGAUAUGGAUAUUGCGGCUGAAUGGAACAAACUCAACAAGAUUUCCUUCCUUGACACACCAGAGGGAAGUGAUUGGGGACACGAAUACGCCAACUUCGACGCUUUGGUCAGAGUAUACGAUGCUGGUUUCUAUGGCUACCUAUAUGCGAGAGCUUAUGCAACAGACAUGUUUUACUCCGUCUUCAAAGAUGAUCCCCUGAACAAAGUGCAGGGAAGGAGGUACAGACGCACAAUGCUAGAAAAGGGAGGUAGUGUUGAUGAGAUGGAAACGUUGGUUGAAUUCUUGGGAAGAGAGCCAAGCACGGAAGCUUUUUACAAAGAGCUUGAAUUGUCGUGA